UCGAAAUAGCACGCAUCUCUCUCGUGAGAGCAGUGAAAACAGUUUUCCCAGUAUUUUGUUGUAGGUUUUCACUCAAAACUCAACCGCAUUCAUCAUGUCUGGCCGUGGAAAGGGAGGAAAGGUCAAGGGAAAGGCAAAGUCCCGUUCCAACCGUGCUGGUCUACAGUUCCCGGUCGGUCGUAUCCAUCGUCUGCUGCGGAAGGGCAACUAUGCCGAGCGUGUCGGUGCUGGAGCCCCCGUCUACCUGGCGGCCGUCAUGGAGUACCUGGCCGCUGAAGUUCUCGAGUUGGCCGGUAACGCCGCCCGAGACAACAAGAAGACGCGUAUCAUUCCGCGUCAUCUGCAGCUGGCCAUCCGUAACGACGAGGAGUUGAACAAGCUGCUGUCGGGUGUGACCAUCGCUCAGGGUGGUGUUCUGCCCAACAUCCAAGCCGUGCUCCUCCCCAAGAAGACCGAGAAGAAAGCUUAAGCAACGCCGUGCUAUGGUGCCUCGGGACGGAACGCGAUGAUGAUGAUCUGAUCGACAACAACGUGCUGUGCCUGCUACGAUUCAGCUCCCGACAACGGAUUACGCAAAACCAAACCGCCCUUUUUAGGGCGACCGAAUCCAUUUUAGAAAGAGUUUCCGAUUAGCUUUUCCAAUUUUUCUUUUUCCGCCGAUCCUCGUUCAAGGAAAUUGUAUCGUUAUUGCUUAAUUAUGUUAAUGCUACAUAGACAAUUCCAUCACAGACGCAGCAGGAACCGCGUCACCAUGACGAAUCGAGGAGAAAGCGUUCUUCGUCGCGAAAAGCCAACCAGCAACAGAGUGCAGGUUUACAAACCUAAGUUGAAAACUUAUACUUGCUGACCCCCGUUGGAUGCUUUUCACGAUAGCUCAUAUUUUAGUUUAGAAAUUGUUUCUGUUCAAAAAUGCAUACACAUAGGUGUACCU